ACAACAACAACAACAACAACAACACGAUUCCCGCCGCCAACGGCGCAGUGUUGAGCAGAAUACAGAAGGCUUUGUGGAAUGCACGCUUGAGCAGGCCAUUCAUGGGGCGUGCGAACGGCCGCAAGCGGAGCCAGUCGUCAACCUGACACUGAUUGUGCCGUCUGAUCCACCAGUCAAGCCCAACAACGCCACAGGGAAUGAUUCUACCAUGGUCUCGCCUUCCUUGGCCAGGAUGGUUGAGCGUUUGAUUGUGGUCAGCACCACUGAAAUGACAGUUGGCAUGCUGGAGUUUCUCUUUGACGAGUUAAACGCGUGGCCGCAGCUCAACUCGCUCGCCGUCGUCCACCUCAGGGCACCGAAACUGGACUUGGGUGUGUUCAGCAAGCUGCCACAGCUGCGCGUGCUCUCCCUGGCGAACAGCAGCAUCGCUGACUUGCACACACACCCCAACGUUGCCGAACGACUUGUCGAGCUCGACCUAAGCUCCAACGCCAUUGCCACGUUCGACGACUUGUUCUUCCACGACAUGACAAGGCUUGACACGCUCAACCUUGCCCACAAUUGGCUCUCGGGCAUCUUCACGGGCGACCUGACCCCGCUGCGCUCUCUGCGCUCCCUUACACUCACAAACAAUGUCAUUUCCCGCAUUUCAAAGGAUGCAUUUGCAAGCAUGACCGGCCUACGCGAGCUCGUGCUGGACAGAAAUGACCUCACGGUGUUUGAGCAUGCAUACUUCAGUGACCUGGUCAACUUGGAGAAGCUGAGCGUCAAUCGCAACCCUUUGAGGGAGCUGUCUUCAAAUUCCUUUACCGGCCUUGCCAACUUGCGGGAGAUUGAGCUCGAACAGUGCGCACUCACGACAGUGCCUGCAGGCAUCUUCUCCACGAACACCAACUUGCACAUUGUCAACAUGACCGACAACUUCCUGAAAUCACUGCCCCCCAAGCUCUUUGAAGGCCUGAACCAGCUAACCACAGUGGACCUUGGGGAUAAUGCCCUCCCUUCCUUGCCAUCAGGCAUCUUUCACGAGUUGACUGAGCUGGUGGAGCUGUUCCUGCACGACAACAGGCUCACCCACAUUCCUUCGGAUCUGUUCGCGUCGAAUCACAAGCUCGAAGCUGUCACCCUGCUGCGGAAUCAGCUGUACACACUGCCGGACGACUUGUUCACUGCGGCAGCGAAGCAGUCCAUGACUGCCCUGUUUGUUGGAGACAACCACCUCACCACCAUCGACCGGCUUGUGGACGGAAUGGUGGCACUGAAGGUGCUGUUCGCCAACAACAACCAACUCACGGCGUAUCAGGGCAACACACCCAAACUGGAGGUGUUGGACCUUAGUUUCAACCCGCUGCAGCACAUGCCAAACUUGAUGGCAUAUCCAAACUUGCAGAGGGUUCGUAUGCAAGAGCACCGCAUUUCGCAAAUUGACUUUACGCCUCUGCUGCAACUGAGGCACUUGCACACGUUGGUCGUGACGGCAGCCAACGAUGUCGAUACGCUUGCCACAGUCGAUAGGCAGGCUCUCAAUCGCAACACCACCGAAGCCACAGCCACGUCCCCGAUUCGCGUGCUCAGCGUGCACAAUAUUGACAUGAGUGCCAUGUUUCGCGACAAGCAAGCGCCAACGCAACCUGGCUUUCCACGCCGCAUGGAGCUCAGCAGUUUCGAGCUGGGCUGGCCAGGCAUGGACGAGCACACGGUUCCCAUGCAUGUGCUCUGUGACAUGCUUGCAGACGAUGCAUCCGAGUUUGGCAUCAGGCGCACAGGCUUAACCAUGAUUGACGUCGAGCACUGCACAACAGCCAACCUGGGUUCCUUCUUCUUCCAAGAGAACAGCCGCCUGCAAGUCGUGCGUGCCGGCAAUAAGCCUUUGCUGCAGCUGAAUGUCUCGGACUGCCCGCAGCUGACUACAAUCGACGCUGCCAUCGUGGACAUUCUCGACGUAUCACGGACGCUCCUUCCGCCUCUGGGCACGCUGUGCGAGACGCUUGGUGCGCAGAUGCUGUUUGCGCGCGAAAUGAAGCACCCUGAUUUUGCUGCAGGACCAGGCGUGCAGCGACUCUUGCAGCAGUGCUUGAAGAACAAUGAUGUGGUGGAGUUUUCUGGCAACAGGUGGAUCAACGACAGAGCCACCAUCGACGCCAUAACGCAAGACAUUGUUGUCCUGUCGGACGCCUCGCGCACGUACGGGCUGUCUGACUACAGUGAGGUUUUGACAUCGCGCACCACCCCACCUCUCCUGCAGCUGGCAAAGGUCCCCGUACAGUGUCGGGUCCAGCUCGAGAACACUCGGUUGCGACACGUGGACAACAGCGAUGUGGUGUUGAGCCGGCCCACGUACCGCUUUCGCUGCACAUGUGCGCAGGGCUUCAAGAUGGAAGACGGGCGGUGCGUUGUGAAUGCGCCCAACGUGGCUGCCAUUGCCGUUGGCUCUGUGAUUGGCGGGCUUGCCUUUGGGCUGCUUGUGACGUGGCUAUCACGCCGCUACCGCGGCCUGAGCAAGCGCAUCGGCAUGCAUCAGCAACUGCUGGCAGAGAGGGAGGAAGAGGUAAUUGCGCUGAAGCAGGCAUGGGAGAUUGAGUUCGAUGAGCUGAGGAUGAUCAAGCGUGUUGCUGCGGGUGCGUUUGGCGUGGUGUUCAAGGCCGAGUGGGACACGGUGACAGUGGCAGUCAAAGUGAUGCAAGAGAGUUUGAUGCUUCUUGAUGACACGAUGGUGGUAGAGUUUGAGAAGGAGGUGGAGUUCUUGCAGAAGACAAGGCACCCGCAUGUGGUGCGCUUCUUUGGCGCGGGCACAGACCCCAACGGCAGCCCGUUCCUGGUGCUGGAGUUUGUGGCCAUGGGGUCACUCAAAGACCUGUUGGGGAAGGAUAUGGCACAGGUGUUGAGGGAGGUGAGGGAGAGGAGGACCGAGCAUGAAGCCCACGAGGAAGUGCUGACUGAGGACGUUGGCGAAACCAUUACGCUGGUCAGCACGCCUGGCACUGGCUCAGGCGCAGGAACAUCCCGUGUUGCAACUGCUUGGGACCUGAAGCUGCGGCUACUGCGUGACGUUGCGAGUGGCAUGGCCUUUAUCCACAGCCUCGACCAGAUGCACCGAGAUCUGAAGAGCGGCAACGUGCUGGUCUCUGCGAACUUGCGCGCGAAGAUCACGGAUUUCGGAUCCAUCCGCCAGUGCUUCACGCGUGGCCGCGGCGGCGGCAAAAUGAAGCAGACGCGACUCGUGUCGCCCAAAGGCUCUAACUCUGAUCCGCAGUACUCGCAGCGCACUGGGCUGCAGACGAUGACGAGCAUGACGCUGACGGCUGGCGUGGGCACGCCGCUGUACAUGGCACCAGAAGCACUGCUUGGCGACAAAUACAGCUUUGAAGCAGACGUGUUCAGCUUUGGCGUGCUGAUGUGGGAGGUGGCGACACAGCGACCACCGGACUUGAUUGCACAGGAGAAGGGGAGCGGGUACCGCGGCCCGAUCCUCGCCACGUUGCAGGAGCUAUUGGGGGAUGGAAAGCGCCUCACGUUCACGGAUGAUGACGUUGCCGCGGCCGGCAUCCCAAUGUGGUUCCGGACCCUCGCUCGCACGUGCAUGAGCCAGGAGCCAGCGAGCCGACCAACGUUUGAAGAGCUCAAGACGAACAAGGACCUUGCACGCUGAACACCGUCGUGUGGUGUUGAUGUUGGUGUUGGUGUUAGGGUGUUGAGUACGGGUGCUGUUGAAGUUGUUCAAGUUGUUGGAGUUCGUAUCGAUGUUCCUGCGUUGAUGUUGUGAGAUGCUAUUUCUGUGGCUGUGGCGACCAGAAGCACUUUUGUCACUUCCUUGGUCCUAAGCUUCACGCAUGUGUGCUGGUCUGCUGUUGAGUUAUGUGACAUUAUUUUACGUUUCGACCAUUCAUUCACUUACAAGAAUCUGACAUGAAACGGGACAAAGAGUG